AUGACACUACUUGAAUCUAACUCAACUCCAAAAGCUAGUUCAUUAGGGGAAGAUUUCCCAACUGACACGCGAACCAAGAGUGGAAAAGCUUGGGAGGUUGAAGUGGAAAAUUCUCAAGGCCAAAUUUGGCUAACCAAGGGAUGGAGUGAUUUUUGUGACUAUUACUCAAUAAGCGUCAAGAGUGUAUUAAUGUUCACGUACAACCCGCGUUGUCACUUUGCUGUCGCUAUAUAUGAUCAGAGUAAAACAGAAAUUGAAUAUCCAAUAGAUCAAGAUAUUGAAUCAGAUGAACAAGAGGAAGAUAUUCUAGUUGCCCAAGCUAAUGCUAAUAUCAUCGACGAAGAUAUUCUAAUUCUCCAAUCUAAUGCUAAUGUAAUCGAAGAAGAUUCUCCAAUCUAA